UAGAUAUUUGGAAAAUUUAACAAGAAUUUAAAGAGUUUUGAAUGUUUUUAUGGACUUUUUAAUGUUUUCGAGGGAUACAAAUUAAAAAAACUUAUUUUGCAGUGAUGUAAAUGUGUGACUUAAAAAAAAAAACAUCAAACACCGCUGACUUUUCUUCAUGGAAUGGAUCUUUGGAAGAUCUUUAAGAAAAUGAAUUCUGGUUACAAAAUAACAGUAAUUUAAAAUGAUGUCAUCGUUGGCAACGUCGACAUAUCCUCGAAUAGAUCAUCGAACUGUGCUAAAAAACCUACAGAUAGAAACAAAUACUAACGACAAUAACAACGCUAACAACAGCAACAACACCUGUAAAGAUAUAAUAAUAAAAGACGUCGUUGUCUUUAACCCAAUUAACAAUACAAUAGAUAACAAUAAAACAACUGCACCAGCUAACACAAAACUAUCCAAACAUACGUCUUUACUACCACUACCAAUCUCCUACUGUUCCUCAUCUAGGACAUAUAUACUACCAAGAUCCAAUAAUUUAGCAACCUUAGCGCCCAAAACAAAAAUACCAUAUCCUUUGGCAACACUUUGGUCGUCAUCGAAUCAUCAACAAAAACAUUACAAUUUCAAACGUUCCUCUUCAGUGCGUUUGCGUGGUGCAAAAUCAAAUUUACCACUCAUCAUGGAACCAACCAUAAAUGAAACACCGACUACGACGAAUGCAUGCACUGUAAAUGAGGAGAAAUGCAGCAACAACAACAGCAAUAGCAGCAAUACCAGUAAAAACACCCACGAAACAACAACUACGGCUAUUGCGACCGGUGGACUACAAUUCAGUACUAGACGAAAGCUGGCAUUAAUCUCACAAACGGACGCUAAUGUGGCGGAACCCACAUUAAUCAAACGGUCACUGUCGUUGCGUAGAAAUUUUAAAGUUUCCACAAAUAACAAUAAUAAUAAUAACAAUAACUCUAGUUGGAAUAACAAAACGGAUUCCUCAAAAGAUAAAAUAUGUUUGGCAGCAAAUAUAAAAUCUUCAUCAUUACAUGAUGUAGCCAAAACAAAAGAUCAAGGUGAUGGUCUUAAGACUUCAUCAAAAUCAACAUUAACAACAUCGACAACAACUCCUACUCCAACAACAGCUACGGGAGUUGACAAGCAAACCUCAACUUCAACAGCUGUGGAAAAUGUUAAAGAUUUUAGCAAAAUGUCUUUGAAUCAUAACGGUGUAACAGCACAUAUUGAUACGUCAGCAACAACAACGACAGCAUCAGCAAACGCAACUGCAACAUCAACAGUUACACAGCAAACACGACCUUUAACAUUGACCACCACAACAACAGUCUCAUCAUCAUCAUCAGCAGCAACUGGAAUUUCAAAAGGACUUAAAUCACCAAAAACUCCUCAUACCGGUAAUCAUAUCACAGCUACUUCUACUCCCAUCACUGGAACGCAUUCUCAUUGUCAACAUAAUCAUACAUCGUCAUCGUGCAAAACAUCACCGGGCUCAAAGUUAACGCCCAAAACACCACCAGUGACACCAGAUUCGCCUACAACCUAUUUGGAUGAUGAUUUAGAUUCUUUAUUCUCCUACGGUACCACUACAUCAGGACGUUCGACAAUGUCUUGUGAACAUCCCUAUGUGGCCAGAAAUGGCACCACUUUUAGUGGUCGUAAAAUGAAAUAUGUGGUACAUUGUUCAAACUAUGCCGGCCAGGUGGGUGCCGAUUAUUUAACGCCCACCCAGAGAGCUCAACGCCAAUUGAGGCGCCUUAAAGAACUGCUCUGUGCCGCUCGCCAAGAUCUUGAGCAAAAAGAUUCCGAAAUUUUACGUCUCACGCGCGAAGUGGUCGAAUUGCGCUUAUUCAAAGCCUCGCUUAGUUCGCCGGAAGAACGUUCAGCUUCUAGCGAUGCUGUCACCGUACGCGAAGCCGAACUCAAGACUUCUCAGGAUGUUUCACCCAUUGUCGAUAUGGUCGAUGAUGCACAGAAAACAUCAAGCCCUCGUCAUCAUGCUCAUACCCCUUCAGUCAUGCUACAUCAGCAACAUUUGCCACAAAGCUCUCUACACCAUCAGCAUCAGAACAUGUUGCAUUUGUCAUCCGACAUGCAAUCAUCCUUUGCCGAUUCGGGACAUUUUGAAGAUAUGACCUCUUCUUCAGUACAUUCCAAAGACUCGUCAUCGUACACACCCUCACUGCAUACACACGAUCAGGCCUGUGGCAGUGAGGCCGCUUCGUGUUCGCCCAAUGCAUCGGCAGCUUCGGCCGCCACAGUCGAACAGUACGAAUUGCAGCGUCAAGAGUUAAUUCGUUUGUACGAGCAACGUAUUGAGGAUUUGAUACGUAAUCAGGAUGCUGCCACCAGCGAAAUGAAACGUACGAAUUGUGAUCGUAUUGAGGCUUUGUUGCAAAAGUUAGCCGAAUGCAAUACACGUUAUGCUGACAUUGUGCCCGACUACGAACACGCCAAGGAGCGUAUUCGUGAGUUGGAAAAACAAUUGGAAGAAUUGCAGCGCCGUUUGGCCGAACACGAAGAGAAACAGAAACAAAUGUAUUUGCAUAUGUAUCAGAAGGGUCAAGAAUCGGAACGUAUUGCUCGAGCUGAUCAGGCUUUAGAAUUGGCACACCGAGCACCACAGAAUAAAGUAUCGAUCAAUGAGUUGCUGCAUCAAUUGCAAUCCACCCAGGAUGAAUUGGAAAACAUACGUAAAACCUUUAUUAAAAGGAAGAUCUUAUUACGAAGACCUUAUGGCCGGAACUCUUUAGCAAACAAAUUAUAAUUUCAAUAACAAGGAUUUAUGAUUCAUAAGGUCCCCACUAAAGAUUGAAAUUUACCAACAAACUUUAAAAUGUAACGCAAAUAUAAAAGAAUAGUUUGACUUCGAUAUUGAUGUUAAAUUCUAUUUAAAGUUUUCUCUAUAUCUAUUUCUAUUAAUAUUGUUUUACUUAUUGUAAUUAUAAAAAAAAAAAAAAACUAUUUCAGAAAUUUCCCGAUUUCCAACUAGUAUCUAACUAUUAAAGUAAAUGUUUCUGUUUCAACAAUUGAUACGUUCGUAAAUGCAGUAAUUAUUCAAUUAGCAUUGUCCAUCAAGGUGAAUCUUUAUAAAUUGAUUGGAAAGGGCGAAUUCAGACAUUCAGAUAUAGGUAUAUAGAAUUGAAAAAGUUGAUCGACUUGGCCUAGAUCCAAACUUUGUGUAUUAAAAAUUAAUUACCUCUAUCGAUUUUGUUUUCUCAUUCACGAGGAUUUAUAGAAAUAUGAUUUCAGUUUUAUUUCUAUCAAAAAAAAUUUGUAUUUGAAAAUUUUUUUAAAUUUUUAUUAAUUCUUGAGUAUUACCAAUAAAUUUUCAAAAUAUAAGUUUAAGAAGAAUUUAAAAAUUCAAAUUCAAUAUUUUCAAAAUAAGGAUUUUGAUACUUGAAUUCAUCAAAGAAGAAACUGACACUCUUACCGUAUCGACUGAAUUCGCCCGAUAGCCUAAUGUGUUAAAUUCGCCUAGACUUGUGAAAACAAUUUGGAUUCACGAACGUAUUUAAAAAAUUUUUUUUUUAAUUUUUUUGUAAAUAAACAUUAUGUACAAUAUGAAAUAUAAAUAUUCCCGGGCAGUUGUCUAAAGGUAUGUAAACAUAUAUUUAGUUACAAAAGAAAAUAUUUAUCUAAGUUAUAUAGGUUUUUUCGAAAACAUUUUUUAAUAAAAACAAACAACUCAGUAUUUUGUGUGUAAUAUACAUAA